AUGGGAAACAUUUGUCGGUAAAAUCCAAUAAAUGAUAAAAACGAUCUAGAGGUUACUUCAUCCUAACCUCCUCCUAUUUAAUAGAUGCCACCUUCUAAACCAGAGGAAGUUAAAACCUAAGCAGUUGAAAAAUAAGAGGAGCCUGCUCAAUCAAUUGAUUAAGCAAAAUAAGAGAACGAAGUAUAUUUUCUGAUUCAAUAUUUCAUAGCCCAAAAGAAAAGAGCAAAAGAAGAUGGCAAAAAUAGCUGCAGUUAUUGAUCAAGAAGUUAUAUAUGAGAAUGUUCAAAAAUAAGAAAAAGUAAAAAGUCCAUUUGAUUACCAAUUGCUUUUGAAUGCUUUUGGAAAUAGCUUUAUUUUUGGGUAAUUACAACCAGAAGACAAGUAUUAAUUCUAUUUUUAGUAGAUAAGAGUGAAAGUUGUUGACAAAAUGUUUUAUUGCACAGUUCACGAUGGCGAAAUGGUUUUUAAAUAAGGAGAUAAGGCAAGUUCAUACUUCUUAAUUGAACGUGGAUAAUGCUAGAUUAUAAUAAAUAAUGAAGUAAAAAAAACGUUAAAAAGUGGUGAAGCUUUUGGAGAACUAGCCUUAUUAUAUAAUGCACCAAGAUCAGCAUCUGUUAAGGCAAUAGGAGGUAAAAAUAAAUACAUUUUUAGAUUGUGCAUUCUGGGCAAUAGAUAGAAAUACAGUAAGAAAAGCAAUAGAAUCAAUUUCAUAAAAAGAUUAUGAUUAGAAUAAGGAAUUCAUAAAUAAGGUGCAGUUUUUUGGUAAAUUAACAUUUUACAUAUAGAAUCAUUGACUGAUGAUUAAAAAGCUGCAAUACCAUCAGCUUUAAUAAAUUUAAAUUUUAAAGCUGGAGAGAUUAUAGUUAAUGAAGGAGAUUAGGCAGAUUCAUUCUUUAUUAUUAAAAAAGGAGAAAUUUAGAUAUCUAGAGGUGGAAAAGAACUAAGAAUAAUGAAGGCAGGGGACUCUUUGGGAGAAUAAGCAUUAUAAUAGAAUUCAGUUAGAGGUGCUACUGCAAAAGCAAUUAAAGAAGAUGUGACAGUUUUAGCUUUAGCAAGGGAUGAUUUAACUAGAAUAUUGGGAGAUAAAAUACAAUUGAUUAUGUACAGUAAUCUUUAAAGAUGGGCAUUUGAAAGACAUGCUGUUCUUAAUAAAUUGACUAAAUUGUAAGUUGAAAGAAUUGUGAGUAAUAUGUAACAGACACAAAAGAAAAGUGAAGAAGUUAUAAUAGAGAAAGGAUAACCUUGUAGAGAGAUUAUUAUUGUACUUUAAGGGUCAAUCAAAUAUGGAAAGGAAGUUUUAGAAAAAGGAUAAAUGUUUGGAGAUAAAUUUUUAGAUUAAGGAGAAAAUGUUAAGUUAGGAGAGCCAGUUGUAAUGAAAGAUGAAGGAAUGAUUGCAAUAAUAACAUUUAAAUAAUUUUUUGAGAUUAUUGGAGGUUCAUUAGAAUAAAUCUUUGCAAAAAAUGAAAAAGCACAUGAUAGAUUUAUAAAGAAGGAGGAAGGUCAAAAAUAAGAUGUUUUUAAACAUUUUUAAUUGGAUCAAUUAAUUUAUGUGAAGAAAUUAGGUUAAGGAUAAUUUGGAAAUGUUUAUUUGGUUCAUAAUAAAAUAGAUAAAAAGAUAUAUGCUUUAAAAUGUAUUUCAAAGGCUUAAAUUAUUGAAUAAAAUCUUGAAAAGCAUUUGGCUUAAGAAAAAAUAGCUUUGGAAACUGUUAACUUUCCAUUAAUAAUGCAUUUCACCCGAAGUUUCAAGGAUAAUACUUAUAUUUAUUUCUUAGAAGAAUAUAUUAGAGGAAUGGAACUUUUUGAUGUAAUCAGAGAUAUUGGAUUGCUUAAUACUUAUGAUUCUCAAUUCUAUAUAGGAUCUUUGAUUUUAUGUAUGGAAUAUUUACACUUAAAUAAUAUCAUUUAUAGGGAUAUUAAACCAGAAAAUAUAAUGAUAGAUGAAAAAGUAUUAUCAAAAUUUAUAAAUUAUAGGGAUUUAUGAAAUUGAUAGAUUUAGGAACAGCUAAAAAUUUAAAGAGUAAAAAUGGUCGAACAUACACAAUUAUUGGUACUCCACAUUAUAUGGCCCCAGAAAUCUUAACUGGCAAGGGAUACACAUAUUCAGUUGAUCUAUGGUCUAUAGGAGUCUGUCUGUACGAAUUUAUGUGUGGUAAUGUACCUUAUGCAGAAGAUGCAGAUGAUCCGUAAAUUUUAUUUAUAAAUGAUAUUUUAGUUAUGAAAUUUAUGAAGAAAUUUAAAAGAAAUAGUUAACAUUUCCAUCAGUAUUGAAAGAUAGAAAAGCAAAGAAAUUAAUUGAGUAAUUGCUUAGUAAAACUCCAGAACUUAGACUAGGAUCAUCUUAUGCUAGUUUAAAAAAUAACUCUUUUUUUGAAAGAUUUGAUUAUGUAUUUAUAAAUUUGAAUGAUAGGAUCUUUUAAUUAAUAGAGAAUUAAAACCUCCUUAUUUACCACCUAAAAACAAAUUACAUAGUGAUAAAGAUAUUUAAAAGGCUAUAUAAGUAGGUAAAUUGAUCACUGAAGAAAUUAAAGUAAUUUUUAAUUAGUAGAUUAGAAUGAUCUUGCGACUGCUUAGAAUGUUUACAAACCCGAAAAGGCCCGUGACCCUAAUUGGGAUAAGGAUUAUUGA